GUAUGUUGUGUGCUUCAGUGAGACCAUCAAAGAUCGUGCUUUGUUCCUGUGGCCCAACCUAUGUCCGGAGCGUCUCAAGGUCAUUUCCCAAGCUGUUGAGACCGCCCCAUCACAGUUCGACUUACUCUCACAUCUCCGUGAGGAGCAGCCUGAUCUAGCAUGUCUUCAGUCUCCCGACACACUCAAACUGUUCCUGCUGGUUGCUGGAAUACGACCGGUCAAGAACCCUACCUACCUGGUGUCUGCCUUUCAAGAAUGGCAUUCCAGAGAGGAGAAUGUACUCCUUGUUGUUAUUGGUCAUAGGCUAAACCAAGAAUACGUCAGUAAAGUGUUUGAGCCUGCCGUGAACAAAUCGCCCGGUGUUGUGUACUUACCUGGUCUCCCCAUGGAAGACGUGCACGCGGCCUUGACCCAGGCCACAGCUCUGGUCAACACGUCGGACAGCGAAGGCAUGUGUCUCUCCAUACUGGAAGCUAUGAAGCUUGGAUUACCUGUCCUGGCACGAGAUAUCCCAGCCAACUGUGCUAUUGUCAGCAAUGGACUCACUGGACUACUGUUCGAUUCUCCGCAGAUGUUCCUGGAGAAAGCUCAGCUGCUACUGUCCAGCAGUGAUGUAAGACAAACAUUAGUGACCAAUGCGCGUCGCUAUGUGAAUGACCAACACAAUAUGGAGAAGGAGCGACAUGCGUAUAUCAGUCUUCUGCAGCAGUGUAUAGCUGAAGUCAUGGGUGGUGCUCACUUGGUGCAGGGGGCAGGGAGUGCAGAGUGUCGUGGGUGUGGAGAUAAUCCACGCCAUGAGUUUUGCCUUGCCAUGAGCCACAAAGAAGUUACAACUAGUAGUAGAUCUAAUGACAACAAAGACUUGUCUAGGAUACGAAAAGAAGGUGCAACUUCUAGCAUUAAGAGCGACUAGAUAAAAGUUAGAUGGCCAAAGUGAAAAUGGAAAAGGACAAAGAGAUUGUAAUGCUGUGAUCAAAAGAAAUGAUCUGAAGGACAGUGGUCAAAAUAUGGACUUAUACAUUGUCCCAAGUCAAAGUAGAGAAGGUUGCUACAUGAAUAUUAUAUUAUGCAGCAACUAUGCAUUUUCCUUUAAACUGAAUACAUUUUGGACCAGUUUUUCAAUAAGUUAAAUGCCCUGUUCAACAGAAAUAGGCCACUUAAAUUGCUGUGCAUUUGUCCCAGUGAUUUCAGAAAAGAAGAAUAUAAGUAAGGAAAUAAAGCGAGACAUUUGUAAAAAUCUAAUGUUGAAUGUAAUAGCAUCUAAGCAUUGAUGAUAGUGAACAGUGUUCCUUCUGUGAGACAGGUUUCUUUGCCAAGUGCUGUACAGUGGGUCUGGGUUGUAUUCCUUUCAAAACAAAUCUUGCAAUGUCCACAAAGUUACACCAUGUACUCUUUUAUGUCUCUACAUUGAAAAGAUGUUUCUGGAAGUAGUGGCUGAAAUCGAGUAAAUUUGUUUCUUCAGUGUCAAUUGACAAAAUCUGAAAAAUUUAACAAUUUAUGUCGAUAGAUUUGUAAUGAGAUCAUGACAUCCCCCUCCCCAACCUUUCUACCCUCC